AUGCUGAGAGCGCAGGCAAACCCAGAGGAUGUGGCGAGACUUGUGGAGGAGGGAAUGUCCCAGGAGGAUGCAGUAAAGAUCCUGGAGCAGGGAAAGACGGUCAAGCAGGCCUUGAGCAUGCUUGACGCGGCAUUCGCAAGAAGGGCUGCAACAGGAUCCUCAGGGGAUUUCUUCAAGUCGUACGUAGACGUGGAGGGUGACUACGUUGACGAGGGAUGGGUGGACGAUAGUCAGCCUGCAAACCCCAUGGCAGGGCUGGGAGGAUUCUUGGGAGGGUUGUUCGGAGGAAAUAAGGAGAGCUCUCCUCUUGGAGCGACGCAGGCAGUUGAGGGAGCAAGGAAGGAGCAGGAGGAGCUACCGGCUGGAUGGCAGGAGGUGAUGGACCAGGCAAGCGGGAAGCCGUAUUACUGGUAA